UCUGUAAGGGUGUUUCUGACUGAGGGUCUCCACAGGACAGAGUUUGCAGAGAAACUCAAGAUGAAGAGAGAAACAGCCGAAGCCCAUAGCGACUGCACUAUGCUGCCCAAACUCCCUGUGCCGGACCUGCAGCACACACUGGAUGCCUACCUAAGAUCCGUCAAACACCUCGUUCCUGAAACGCAGUUCCUGAAGACCAAAGCCAUAGUGGAGAUGUUCGGCAAACACGGAGGCGCUGGAGAAAGACUGCAAAAACUGCUGCUGGAGAAAAGAGAAAAGACAGAAAACUGGGUAUAAACACACUUUCAGAGCUCCAACCCUGAGCUAUUACAGGAACUGAACCCAGUGUGCACCUCCAGAUGCACCAAAUUAUUAUUAAAGUCCCAUUAAAACAGAUGAAGAAAAAUAAUGAGCAACUGAUCUGUGGCUAUUGAUCUGUCUGCCAGGAAACAUCACAGCUUUAAUGUGACAGCAGCACUUGAUAUAUAAUGGCACUUUACUAAAAUAAUAUUUUAUGGUGCCUUUGUCCCUCUUUAUCUUUCAAAGUCAGUGUAGCUUCCCGCCUCAAACGUGUUUAAUUAGAGCUCAGGAAAUGAUGAGCUGAUGAUUCUGCUGUGUUUAUCUCAGGUGUUCGACUUCUGGCUGGAAGACAUGUAUCUGAAGAACAGACUGGCGCUUCCCGUGAACUCCAGUCCUGCGCUGGUUUUCCCCAAACAAUCCUUCAGAGACGUGAAAGAGUCUCUGGUGUGAGUAAAUAAAGAGCACUAAUUAAUUCAUGCGCACAUAACGUCAAGUCAAGUCAAGUCACCUUUAUUUAUAUAGUGC